AUGGGCGAUGAGGUAAUAUAUUUUCGACAGGGUCAUGAAGCUUAUAUUGAGGCCGUCAGAAGAAAUAACAUUUAUGAACUGAACCCUAACAAGGAACCGUGGAGAAAAAUGGAUCUUAGGGAUCAAGAAUUGGUCAAAAUAGUUGGAAUACGAUAUGAGGUUGGGCCCCCUACGCUCUGUUGCCUCAAAUUAGCAUUUAUAGAUCCAGCGACUGGAAAACUUAUGGAUAAAUCUUUCUCUAUCAGAUAUCAUGAUAUGCCAGAUGUUAUUGACUUUCUUGUAUUGCGUCAAUUUUAUGAUGAAGCAAGACAGAGGAAUUGGCAUAUUGGUGACAGAUUCCGCUCUAUUAUUGAUGAUGCUUGGUGGUUUGGAACAGUGUUAAGUCAAGAGCCAUAUCAACCACAGUAUCCUGAUAGUCAUUUCCAGUGUUACAUUGUUAGGUGGGAUAAUACUGAGAUUGAAAAACUUAGCCCAUGGGACAUGGAACCAAUUCCUGAUAAUGUUGAUCCACCUGAAGAAUUAGGGGCUAGUAUUUCUGUCACAUCGGAUGAGCUGGAGAAAUUGCUUUACAAACCCCAAGAUGGUGAGUGGGGUCAGAAAUCAAGAGAUGAAGAAUGUGACCGAAUUAUUAGUGGGAUAGAUCAACUUUUGAAUCUUGAUAUAGCAGCAGCUUUUGCAGGCCCGGUUGAUCUAUGCACAUAUCCAAAGUACUGUACUGUAGUAGCUUAUCCAACUGAUCUUUACACCAUUCGAAUGAGGCUUGUUAAUCGAUUUUACAGGAGGCUGUCUGCAUUAAUUUGGGAAGUCAGAUAUAUAGAACAUAAUGCCAGAACAUUUAAUGAACCUGAGAGUGUAAUUGCAAGAUCAGCUAAAAAGAUAACUGACCAACUUUUAAAAUUUAUCAAGAAUCAACAUUAUACAAAUAUCUCAGAACUGUCUAACACGUCUGAAAAUGAUGAACAAAAUGCUGAGGAUUUGGAUGAUAGCGAUCUUCCUAAAACAUCUUCUGGAAGAAGGAGAGUCCAUGAUUGGAAAAAAAGGAGCAGCAGAGCUACCAACUGUGUUGAAAGCAACUGGAAGAAACAGUGUAAGGAACUAGUGAACUUAAUUUUUCAAUGUGAAGAUUCUGAACCGUUUAGACAACCUGUUGAUUUGGUUGAAUAUCCAGACUACCGAGAUAUUAUAGAUACCCCAAUGGAUUUUGGAACAGUAAGGGAAACUCUAGAUGCGGGAAAUUAUGACAGCCCUUUGGAAUUUUGCAAAGACAUCCGGUUGAUAUUUAGCAAUGCAAAAGCAUAUACACCAAACAAAAGAUCAAAGAUUUAUAGCAUGACCUUGAGAUUGUCUGCCUUAUUUGAAGAAAAAAUGAAGAAAAUCUCUUCUGAUUUUAAAAUUGGUCAAAAAUUCAAUGAAAAACUUCGAAGAAGCCAGAGGUUCAGGCAACGGCAAAAUCGUAAAGGUGUUAGUCAGGCUAACAAAAGUAUCAGAAAUAUGAAGCAGAAGCGGUUAAAAUCUCAGACAAAAGCAAUCUCUGAGUUGGUAGGUUCUCCUACCCAGUCUACUUCAAGUAGGGCGGCUUAUUCUGCAACCCAUAAGACGGGUGCCGGUAUCUCUUCAGGUGUUACUUCUGGUGACUCUUCAGAUUCAGCAGGAUCCUCAGAAAGAAUGAGAAGAAGUAGACCUACAGCUCUAACAAAUGGUUCUACAUUAUCUGAAAGUGAAAUGGAAGAUUCCUUAGCUACCUCUCCAUCAUCUUCAGCUUCAAAUAGUUCAGAGGAAAGCAAAGAGAGUUCAAGAGCUCGUGAAUCCUCCUUACGUAGUGGGCUGUCCAGAAGCAGCAGUCUCAGGGUGACUAGAACUAGAGCUGCUCAAAGAAAAACUGGUCCUGUUUCUUUAGAAAAUGGAUGUGGCAGAAAAGCUACUCGAAAGAGAGUCUACUUAAGUGACUCUGACAACAAUUCAUUGGAGACAGGUGAAAUUUUAAAAGCCAGAGCUGGAAAUAACCGAAAAGUCCUACGGAAGUGUGCUGCUGCAGCUGCCAAUAAGAUAAAGCUGAUGAGCGAUGUAGAAGAGAAUUCUAGCUCUGAAAGUGUCUGCUCUGGUCGGAAACUGCCUCACCGCAAUGCUUCUGCUGUAGCUAAAAAAAAGUUAUUACAUACUUCUGAAGAUGAUCAGAGUUUAAAGUCAGAAAUUGAAGAAGAGGAACUAAAAGAUCAAAAUUCACCAUCGCCAGUGUCCAAUUCUCAUGCUACCCAGAAUAUUGUCAGUGAAUCUGAAAAUGGAGAUUCAGAAUCAGAAAGUGAUUUGCGGGUAGCCCGGAAAAACUGGCAUGCUAAUGGUUAUAAGUCCCAUGCUCCAGCAACUUCUAAAACAAAAUUUCUUAAAAUAGAGUCUUCUGAGGAAGACUCUAAAAGUCACGAUUCAGAUAAUGGAUAUAAAAGAACUGCUGGCCCAUCAACGUCUGGGCAGAAACUUAAGGCAGAGAGCAUCUCAGAGGAAGCGGAUUCUGAACCAGGAAAAUGUGGUGGUGGGAAAUACAAUACAUUUCACAAGAAUGCCAGUUUCUUUAAAAAAGCAAAGAUCUUGAGUGAUUCAGAAGACUCUGAAUCCGAAGAACAAGAUAGAGAAGAUGGUAGAUCUCAUAAAAUGGAAAUGAUCCCAAUUUUAGGAAAUCUGAAGUGUGACCCUAUUGCUGUGUCUCAGUGUUUCUCAGAUCAUGUGUCUGAGACUGAAUUAGAUUCAGAUGAUGGCAAAACAAUAGAAAAACCAAAUAAUUUUAUGAAAGAUUCUACUUCACAAGACAAUGGACAAAGCAGAAAAGUUUCCAGGAAAAGGGUCUGUUCCAGUGACUCAGAGAGCAAUUCAAAGGUGGUAAAGAAAUCAUCAAAAGCUAAAACAGGUCUCCUAAGGAUUACUCGAAGAUGUGCAACUACAGCUGCCAGUAAGAUGAAGCUUACGAGUGAUGUAGAAGAUGUCAGUUUAGAAAACGUGUGCACUAGAAGCAGAAACAGAAGGAAAAAAACCAUUCGUUUUGCUUCUACCUCAGCUAAAAAGAUACUAAGUGAUUGUGAGGGAGAUGUAAACUGUGAAGUGCCAAAUGAACAGCAUGCCUGUGAAGGUAAGGCAGUUGAACCUGACUCAGAAGGUAGUACAAAAAAUAUUAGUCAGUCUUUACAUGGAGACUCAGACUCUGAAGGUCUGUUGAAUUCAGAACACAAGCAAAGGCAUACCAAUAGUCACAAAACAAAUGUACCUUCUAAAACGAAAAAUUCCUCUAUUGGGUCUUCAGAGGAAGAUUCAAAAAGCCAUAUUCCAGGGAAUGAGAUUGGUAGAAAAUUUUCUUCUGAGUCAACUUUGACACAAAAAGCUACUGCAGAGAAUAACUUUGAAGAGGAGCUGAAUUAUGGGCUACGUAGGUGGAAUGGCAGAAGACUCAGGACCUAUGGAAAGGCUCCUUUCAGUAAGACAAAAGUGAUUCAUGAUUCCCACAAAGCAGCAGAAACGGAAAUAAAAAGGAAGAGACUGCAUCCCGAAUUGGAAAAUGUGAAAAUUUCUGAAACAACUGGGAGUUCAAAGUUUGGACCUGAUGCUAGUCCCAAAUUAUCCGAUUUGGGAUCUGUUACUGAAUCAGAUAUUGACUGUACUGAUAAUACAAAAGCCAAAAGGAGAAAAACGAAAGGAAAAGCAAAAGUAGUUAGAAAAGGUAAAACUUUUACAGCUAACAUAUCUAAAACUGUGAGACGUCAAAGACAAAGCAAACGUUCUAGGUUAAGUGUGGAUGAUAAUGACUGGGAGGAUUUGGACUAUGCAAAGUCUAAAAGAGUUCUUCGACGUUCAAAAAUAAAAACAAGAAAUCAGGAAUCUGUUCCUAGAGACAGAGAACCCAAUACAAAAAUGAGAACAUGUAUGCAUAAUGAGAAGGAUGCAGUGCAAAUGCCUAGUGAAACUCUGAAAGCAAAAAUGGUACCUGAGAGAGUUCCCCGCAGAUGUGCUACUGUUGCUGCAAAUAAAAUAAAGAUAAUGAGUAAUCUAAAAGAAACGAUUUCAGGACCAGAAAAUGUCUGGAUUAGGAAGAGUAGCAGAAAACUGCCCCAUCGAAAUGCUUCUGCUGCGGCUAAGAAAAAAUUACUGAAUGUUUAUAAAGAGGAUGAUACAACUGUAAAUUCUGAAAGUGAAAAAGAGCUAGAAGAUAUUAAUACCAAAAAGCUUUUUUUAAGACGGUUCAGAUCCUGGAAAGAAAAAGCACAAUAG